CUUCAGCCAGUCUGCCCUAGCGCAAUGGCGCCUUCCAGGAAGUUCUUCGUUGGGGGCAACUGGAAGAUGAAUGGAAGGAAGAAGUGCCUGGGAGAACUCAUUUACACCCUAAACGCAGCUAAGGUGCGGGCAGACACCGAGGUGGUUUGUGCACCCCCCACCGAGUACAUCGACUUCGCCAGGCAGAAGCUAGAUCUCAAGAUUGCUGUGGCUGCGCAGAACUGCUACAAAGUGACCAAUGGGGCCUUCACUGGGGAGAUCAGCCCUGGCAUGAUCAAAGACUUAGGAGCCGCAUGGGUAGUGCUGGGGCACUCGGAGAGAAGGCACGUCUUCGGGGAGUCCGAUGAGCUGAUAGGGCAGAAAGUAGCCCAUGCCCUAUCCGAGGGGCUCCGAGUGAUCGCCUGCAUUGGGGAGAAGUUAGAUGAAAGGGAAGCCGGCAUCACCGAGAAGGUUGUUUUCGAGCAAACCAAGGUCAUCGCAGAUAAUGUGAAGGACUCGAGCAAAGUGGUCCUGGCCUAUGAACCUGUAUGGGCCAUUGGUACUUGCAAGACUGCAACACCUCAACAGGCCCAGGAAGUGCAUGAGAAGCUUCGGGGUUGGCUGAAAUGCAAUGUCUCUGAUGCGGUGGCUCAGAGCACCCGAAUCAUUUAUGGAGGUUCAGUGACUGGAGCAACGUGCAAAGAGCUGGCAAGCCAGCCUGAUGUGGACGGCUUCCUCUUGGGCAGGGCUUCCCUCAAGCCUGAAUUUGUGGACAUCAUCAAUGCCAAACAAUAA